AUGAAUUUAGAUUUUAAAUUGUAAAUAGUAUAUUUAAUAAAAUUGAUUAAUAUAAUUAAGGAAUUAUUACCACUCAAGAAAUUCAAAAAUAGUUUAAUCCAAGAGCUCAUCCGGAUGUAAAAACAACAAAAAAACAAUGAGGAUGAAAUUUAUAAAGACUUUUUUAAUGCUUUAGAUUUAUAUAAUAUGCUUAAUGUAUAAUAUUUUUUUAAAAAAUAUUAAUUAAUAUAUAUGAUAUUUUUUUAAACACAAUAGAAUUAAAAUUUAAACGAGAGAAUUUCAAAAUAAUAAUUUUUUGAUUUUUUUAAUAAUUUAAGUGCUUCUAUUUCUGAUGAUCACUUUUUUGAAAUAAUACUAGUAAAUACUUUCAGUUUAUAAUAAUAAAACUCUUAUCUAUAAAAUAAUUAUGCUGGACACAAAAAUAUGUUUGAUCCAAAUAAAAAAGGAUUCCUCUAAGAUCACCAUAGGAGUCUUACAAACGGAGGAACAGUAAGCUCAAAUGCUCCUUUUGGAACCUCAUAGGAACCCACAGAGUAUAGUACCCAAUUAAGACCUUAUAAUGUAUAGACUUAAAGUAGAUAAAGUCCUUAUAAGCAAAAAAGUUUAUACCAAUAGCAUAGUUCUAUAUCAUAAAAAACUGGUAUUUAACUAGAAGCAACUCCAAUAAGUUAAUUGAGAAAUAAGUUAAGCUAAAGGGGUAUUAGAGGAUUUAUAAAAUUAUAUAGUAAUUUAAAGAAUGCUUAAUAUAAGAAUAAAAUUACAUUAAACAUAUUUUAAUAAUGUUUGUAAGAAUAAAGAAUUUAAUUAUAAGAUACAGAAUUUAUUUUUAAUAAAUAUUAUAACUAUUAACAAUUUGAUAUAUAAAUCUUUUUUAAAGAUUUAAAGGGAAAAAUUAAAGAUUCAAGAUAAGCUUUAAUUGUAUAUGCUUUCUAGUAAAUAGACACUAAAAGAUGUGGAGAAGUAUACUAUAAUGAUAUAAUAUGUAAUAAUCAAUUAUAAUAUAUUAAUAAAUUAAUAUAUAUAUAUUUAUUUUUGUUAAAAGAAAAUUAUAAUUAUUAUAAACAUCCUUUCGUUUAAAUGGGUUAAAUUACAGAAGAUGAAGCCUUGUUUGACUUUACAGAUUCUUUUGAAUUUUUGAUGGCAGUUUUUAAUUAAAGUAAUUUAAAUAAAUAAAGAGUUCAUUUUAAUGAAUUUUAUGAAUAUUAUCAUAUUCUAAGUACAACUAUCGAUGAUGAUUAAUUAUUUGAGAAUAUAAUGACUAAUUGCUGGAAUAUAUAAAAUACAUAUAAAAGAUGA